GGCUGCUCGCGGGACUGAUCGAGUGAUCGGGUCACUCCGAGGAAGGUUCGUAAGGGGAGGGAGGUGACUUUGUCCCUGGUCUUUUGGGGGUGAACGACUGGCACGUAGGAAAUCAAAGUGGCGGUCCUAAGCGCGCUUUCCUGGAAGGGGGGUUCCCCUGCAUAAAGUUGGGUUUACUUCUGCAGAGACUUGCCUGGGAUUGCUCCCCAGCUGUGCCGUCAGGGCGUGAGUCCGUCUCAAACCGAAGUUGUCAGGUCGCUGAGUCGUAAGGAAAUCGCGAAGAUCUUGCAAAUUCAACACCGAACAGAAAUCUUAGGUUGAGCCUCGAGUGUUGCAAUCCUCCGGACUGUUUUUCAAACAUCCAAAAUGGCCGCGUGGGAUGUCGAUAAAGGUUUCCAGAAUUCCACUGGACCAGACGUGAACCCUGAUCUUGACACUGAAAGGAAAACUGCCUCCUUCAGCGUCGAGAGACUCACCAACAUACUGGAUGGAGGGGCUGAAAACACCCAGAUCCGGAGGAAAGUCAAUGCCGUCCUCCAGAGCGACCCAGAGUUUAGCAGAGAAAACCAGUACUUCCACAGCCAAAACGAGAGAUAUGAAGGUGCUGUCAGGAGAUCGCUUUACCUCUCCAAGAAGAUGGAUGAAAUGGGAUGGACCGCUGAUGGACCUGAACAGAAAUAUUGCUAUAGGGCUCUUGGUGACGACUUGGCAUUCAGCGUGCACAAUGUCUUCAUGAAGAGCAUUCUGGGGUUGGGCACAGACAAGCAGAUUGCCAAGUGGAUCCCCCUGGCAGAAAAGCAUUACAUAGCAGGAACGUAUGCCCAGACUGAAUUGGGACAUGGAACUUACCUUCGGGGUUUGGAGACCACGGCCACUUUUGAUGUUACCACUCAGGAGUUCAUCCUCAACACACCAAAGAUCUCUGCUAUGAAGUGGUGGCCAGGAGAUUUGGGAAGAACAGCAACACAUGCUGUGGUUUUUGCUCAGCUUUACAUUAAGGGAAAGUGUUAUGGGAUACAUCCCUUUGUGAUGCAGAUCCGCAGCCUCCAAGAUCACUCGCCAGCUCCAGGAGUAACAGUGGGGGACAUAGGUCCCAAAAUGAACUUUGCUCAGACUGACAACGGCUAUCUCAUGUUGAGGAAUGUUCGCAUUCCAAAGGAAAGCAUGCUGUCCCGGUUCUCUCAGAUCCUGCCAGAUGGCCAGUACAUCAAACAAGGAAGUGAGAAGAUUAACUACCUGACUAUGGUUGUGGUUCGUGUGUAUCUUAUUAGGACUGAAAUCUUGACCAUUCUGAUGAAGGCAUGCACCAUUGCUGUCCGAUAUUCUGUGGUGCGCCGACAGUCCGAGUUAAAACCUGGGGGCCCAGAGUCAAAGAUCCUCGACUAUCAGACUCAGCAACAGAAGCUGCUACCUCAGGUGGCCACUGCCUAUGCCUUCCACUUUCUUUGUGACUACUUGCAGGAAGUCUUUGACAGAGGCUAUGCUGAGACUAAAGAAGGGAAAUUUGACUUACUUCCAGAGCUUCACGCGCUCGCUUCUGGCAUGAAAGUGAUUGCUUCAGAUUUCAGCUCGGCAGGUGUGGAGGUGUGUCGGAGAGCCUGUGGGGGACACGGGUACUCUCUCCUCAGUGGCCUUCCUUCUUUGUUCACUAAAGUGGUUGCAUCUUGCACUUACGAAGGGGAAAACACCGUUCUCCUCCUGCAGACAGCCAGGUUUCUGGUCAAAUGCCUUGGGGCAGUGAAGGUCGGACAACCCCUUCCUUCAUCAGUUGCCUAUUUGUCUUCCACAAGCUCUGGGAAAUGCGGAGCCCAAGAGAAAAGAGAUUUCCUAAAUCCAGAUGUUUACACUGCAGCAUACAAGCAGAGAGCCUUCAGGAUGGUAAGAAAUGCAGCAAUCAAAAUUCAUUCUCUGAUUCAGUCGGGAACACCACAGCACGAAGCAUGGAACUUGUGCUCUGUACAGCUGGCACGGUCUGCUAUGGCUCACAGCCACUACAUUGUUGUGCAAAAUUUUGUCAACGCGCUGGAAAAAUUCGAAAAAGAAUUUCACAUCCAAAGGGUCCUGAAGCAUCUCUGUGACCUCUUUGCAUUACAUGGGAUCGUCUCCAAUAUGGGGGACUUCCUGAAGACCGGCCACCUAUCUGGAAAGCAAAGCGAUAUGGUGACUGAGUCUUACUUGGAUCUCUUGGCUCUCGUUCGGCCAGAUGCUGUUCCGUUAGUGGAUGCUUUUGACUUCUCUGAUGCAAAUUUGAAUUCGGCCAUUGGAUGUUACGAUGGUCAUGCUUAUGAGAGGCUUUUUGAAUGGGCUAAAAAGUCACCAACCAACAACCAGCAGGAUAACCAGACCUUUGAGAAGUACUUGAAGCCGCUUUUCCGGAACGCCCUGUCGAAGUUAUAGAAGACAGGAAUGGAGCCGAGGGAGGUGCGUUUGCUGCCGCCAUCGAAAUAACAGCACUUAACCAGAACUACAACAAAGAUGACGCAAUAGGUGCUUGCCAGAAAAGCCCAUCAAAAUGACCGGACAGGCGAGAGGUGAAAGGCAGUCAAGCAGCUGGCACACAAGAUAGGCUGUGUGUGUUCAUCACGUAGAUCACAUUUUUAUCUUAAUCUUCACAUAAGAAAUUGGGGUUCAAAGACUGCAGUUGAUGCUGAAGAAUCCCUUAGACUGGUCUUUUUAGGUCCAAAGAAAAGGUUGCAUAUAAACACACGACGCUGCCUUAUAUUGUCAGACCGCUGAUCAAUAUUGUCAUCUGUGACUGGCAGCUGCUCUCCAGUGUCUCAUGCAGAAUCUGCUGCCUGAUCCUUUUAACUGAAAAUGCUGGGAUCAGAUGGCUCUGACAUUGAUUUCCUACAUGUACGUAAAGCUGCCUUACGCAAAUCAAACCAUUGGUCUAUCUAUUCAGACUGGUGGCGGCUCUCCAGCGUCUCAGGUGGAAGACUUUGGAAUCACCUCCUACCUGAUCCUCUCAGCUGGAGGUUGAACCUAGGAUCUUCGCUACAAAUCCACAGCCUUCCCUCUCUCACAAACUGUUCCAGUGUAAUGGCUGCUGAUGGUUAAAUUCACAUACAAAAACUAACUGAUAGAAAGACUAAGGAUUUUUUGCACUUACAUAAAACACAUUUUGUGUUGGGCCAUAUAAAUAAAUCAUCUACUCAAGUGCCUAAAAAAAUAAGACUUUUUUUUAAAAAAACUGCAAGACGACGUUUAAAAAAUAGUCAAAACCUUUAUAUGUCAUUAGCUGGAAUUAACUGGUUAAUGCUGCUACAUUCCUAAAUCUCUCUCCAGUGGUUCUAAUAUAAUUGCUGCUAAUUGUUAAAUUCACCCAACCCGACCGACACACAAAAGGACAGAAAGGAACCUAAUGACCAUCCAAGCCGGCCUGCACCACUCUGCAUAUUAACAGCCAUAUAGGUUAAUUUGGCUUUGUAAUGGUUUAGGAAGUAAAUCGGCAUUCGUCUGGCUCGAAAAAGGGGAGGGGGAGAAAAAUAUUAUUCAGUAAUACAGAGCAUUGUGAAAUGUCUCAGGA